CCGUCGCUCAAGCUUCGGAGGUGCCUUUCGGAGAAGUUUUUUGCUACAAUCAAGAGCUCCACGUGUGGUAGCCGCUGGAGCAGCCGGGAAAAGGGAGCCCCGCAGGAAAGAAAGGUGACAGGCGGUUGGGAGGAUUUUCGCCUACCCGUCCGCGCGAGGUGGGCGCUGCUGCUGGACAGCUAAGGAGCGCGCAAAAUCCGAGCGAGGAGCGGCGGAAAAGCAACACCGCGCACGGCAGCAUCUACGACCCGAGGUGGCUUGGGAAGAGUUGCCGGCUCAGGACUGGUUUGUUUCUUCUUCUGCUGCGCACAAAGCUCCAGCAGACCGGGGUAGGACUGGCUUCCCUUCUUUCCUCCAUCAGCAACAACGAUCACCCGGGAUCUCAGCCUGGGCGGCCGACAGACGCUGUGGCAGAGAGAGGAGAGCCCUCUCGGCGACAGAUCCUCUCCUUGAAACCUUGAGCGCAUCCUCCUCCAGCGGCUGCCUCCCGGAUCUGGCCGCGCUUCCGAUCUCCGCCUGGAUGCGCCGCGCUCCCUCCGAGAGGCGCCUGGCAGUGUUUCCCCCGCGCUCAGGCGCGCUGCUCCUUGGCGGCGCUUUGACCGGAGAUGCGCCAAACUCGCCUCCCAGCUGGAGUUGAUGCUACCCGCCCCUUUCGCAGCGGCUGGGCUGCUGCGAGGCUCCCUCGAAGGCCUGGCUUAAGCCCAGGUGCCCAGACCCCAACCCCCGCCCGACUCCAACGCCUGGCCGCUGGGAUGAUGCGCCCGUGAAGCUCCGCGCACGGGGGGAAACCAGCUGCGCCUUCUGCCCUUGCUCCCCACCCCAUACACCCAAACCCGUCAGCGGACCCCGAUCCGAGCCGUCCAUGAUGGGGUUGCCCGCUCCCCGCCAGGCAGGGCUAAGGGGCUGAGCGUAGGGGGCGAUGGCCCCGGCGCGGGGGGCCGCCUAGCAUGGCCCGGGGAGGGGUGCCCCCCGCCUCAGCGCCUGGCCCAGAGCCCCUGCCCCGGCGCGCCCUGCGGAAGCUGCUGCUGGUCCUCGGCUCGCUCCUCAUGUCUCUCUACGCCAGUUACUGCCUGGCCGGGGCUGCGCGCGUCCUCACCAGAGAACCGGCCCCGAUCCCGCUCGCGCCAGGCGACGAGGGCGCCGCCACGCCCCGCGAUCCUUCGCUGCAGCCCCAGGCGGCGGGAGAGGGCACCAAGCGGCUGCCGCAGGCGGUGAUCAUCGGCGUGAAGAAGGGCGGCACGAGGGCGCUGCUUGAGUUCCUGCGGGUCCACCCGGACGUGAGGGCGGCGGGCGCCGAGCCGCACUUCUUCGAUCGGAACUAUGGCCGGGGGCUCGCCUGGUACAGGGAUUUGAUGCCAAGAACUCUCGAUGGGCAGAUCACCAUGGAGAAAACUCCCAGCUACUUUGUCACCAAGGAAGCCCCGGCUCGCAUCUCUGCCAUGUCGAAGGGCACCAAGCUCAUUGUGGUGGUGAGAGACCCGGUCACCAGAGCCAUUUCUGACUACACGCAAACUCUGUCCAAGAAGCCCGACAUCCCCACCUUUGAGAGCCUGACCUUCAAAAACAGGACUACAGGCCUCAUUGAUACCUCCUGGAGUGCCAUCCAGAUUGGCAUUUACGCCAAGCACCUGGAAAACUGGCUCCUGUACUUCCCCAUUGGGCAGAUCCUCUUUGUCAGUGGGGAGAGGCUAAUCAGCGAUCCAGCUGGUGAGUUAGGCCGAGUCCAGGACUUUCUGGGCCUCAAGAGGAUCAUCACGGACAAACACUUCUACUUCAACAAAACCAAGGGUUUCCCAUGCCUGAAAAAGGCUGAAGGCAGCAGCAAGCCCCACUGCUUGGGCAAAACCAAGGGGCGGACCCACCCCAACAUAGACCAGGAAGUGGUCCAGAGGCUGCGGGAAUUCUACAGGCCCUUCAACAUGAAGUUCUACCAGAUGACUGGACAUGACUUUGGCUGGGAUUGAGGCUGGGGAAAAUAAUAAUUUAAACAAAUAAAAAGGAAAAAUAUAUUUUUGUACAUAUCAAAAGAGAGGGGAAAUUAAUAUUUGUGCUAAUGUCUGGUGGUUCCAAUUAAUAUUUUCAUUUUGAUGCACAUAUCAUGGUUUUCUGUUUUUCUUGUUUUGUUAGUCAGGAUUUAUAGUAUUCACUUCCACAAGGCUGGCCGUUGAGAUCUGGCCACUGCGUCCAGUAUGGGUCUGCCUCUUUCCAAUUUUCCAUUUGACAUCUUUGAGGUUUUUAUGAAGUAAUUUGGCACUAUUUGUCUAUUAAUUCUGGGUUCUGUGCCCAGAUUUUUAACAAAAUGGCAUUAGUCGGUCACGUUGGUGACCAAAAUAAUCAGGUUUGGAAGAUAUUUUCCUAGUUCUAGUGCUCUGGCAUGACAUGCUGUAUGAGACUCAGAUGUCAGCCGUAUAAAAUGAUAUGUCAUAAGA